UUUCGUAGUUGAUACACUCAAUCAGGUCUGUGCAGAGUUGAAACAAGAAAAGAUGGAAAGACCCAGAGAAGUUGAGGUUGAGAACAACAAUAACAAUCCAUCAUCAUCAGCUUCGGCGUUGAUAGGUGGUGGCGUGAGACAACAAUGGCCCACAAUCGACGGCCCAUUGGGUUUAUCAGAGAGUGAUUCACUCUGGUAUGCUCGUAAUUUCUUCAUCUUCGGAUUCUUUUUGCUACCCCUUUUGUGGGGUGUCAAUUGUUACUUGUUCUGGCCUGUUCUCCGACGCUCCACCUCUUUUCCCCAUCUCCGGCCCUAUAUUGUAAGAUCGGCAAUUGCUUUUUCAGUGUUCACAGCAAUCCUUGGUUCUUGGGCCAUUACUUUUAUCGUUGGAGGAGAGCGUCUUUUCGGCCAUACCUGGGAUGAACUAGUUAUGUAUAAUGUUGCUGACAAAUAUGGUUUGACAGGCUGGAUAUAAGCUGUAGACUUUGUUGUAUUUCUGAUGAUUUUUUAACAGUAUGUGAAAAUUUGAAACAAUGGAUGAUGUACGGAGUUGCAGUAGCUUAGUAGCUUCAACAGAUGAUUUUGCUAUUGCUAUUUAGUCCGUGUUUACUGUAUUGUGAUAAAGUGAAGAUAAGAUGUCUUUAACAUACAAGUAUGGUACAAUAUUCUGCAGUAACUAUGUCCUAGUAGUAGAUCAGGAUUGAUUAGGUGUACUGUGUGUCCUUGGUAUUGAAUGGGCGUGGAACUAGGGUUAUGUUGA